AUGCAGGUCACCAUAGAAAAGGUUCAGGUCAACAAGCACCCGGACCCCACCACGCUGCUGCUCAUCGCGGCGAGGCCCGGCCUUUCCGAGGAAGAGACGCAGAAAUGGUUUAAGCAGCGCCUGGCCCAGUGGCGGAAGUCGGAAGGCCUACCCUCAGAAAGCAGAUCCGUUACGGACUAAGGAGAUGGUGGGCAUUGGCAGCGUCCCUCCAUGAAGACCACCUGCUGUUUCUCUCCUCGGCUUAACCAAGCUGUUUUGGUUUGUCAGUGUAGUGUUGUAUGUUCGCUGUUAGCUGUCCUGCUAUUUAACACAAUGUUGUAUUUUUUUAAUGUACAUAACUAGAAAAUACAAUAACAAUAGGAAGCUAUGUGCAGCUUCUGUGUAAAGCAGUGGCUUGACUAGGCGAGUGAUGUGGCUUGCCUUUCCCUUUGGGUCAUGAUGACAGAUGGUAUGAAAAUCAUCUAAGUUUGCUUUUGAUCAUCACCUCCCAAUAACAAUUUACUUUCAACAUCCAUUUCAGAGCAGGCAAGGGCUCUGUUGAAAAGAUAACGUGACCAAGAGGGAGAAACAUUCCUUCUGAAUCUACUUCCCUAAGUUGUUUUCCUUGUGUUUCAUUGAAUACAGUGAAGUUGAAUGAGAAUACAGAGGAAUAUUUGAGUCAUUCCGAUUUCAUUAAGUAGUUCCUUGGAUUAAAGCUGCAUUAACUUAGAAAGAACCCAGUUAGGCUAAAAGACAGAAACUGCACAAGUAAUAAGACAGAAAAGCAAGUAACUAAGAAAAAAAAUCUACUAAAGUAUUUGAUUUACAUUAUUUAAAUGCUUUUGUUAAGUUUAUUUUGCUAGCCAAAGUGAACUGCUUUUUGUCUCUAAAAUGAUAUUCUAAAUAAAACAUUAACUUUUUGUUGAAAAUG